GCGAGAGGCUCUACAGGACUGGCACUGUUGAAGAAGGUUGCAGCGGCAGCAUGAAGCGGACUCCGACCCCCGAGGAACGAGAACGUGAAGCCAAGAAACUGAGGCUUCUUGAAGAGCUUGAAGACACUUGGCUUCCUUAUCUGACCCCCAAAGAUGAUGAAUUCUAUCAGCAGUGGCAGCUGAAAUACCCCAAACUCGUCCUCCGCGAAGCCGGCAGCGUCCCGGAGGGGCUCCACAAGGAGGUCCAGGAAGCCUUCGGCGCCCUGCACAAGCACGGCUGUCUGUUUCGGGACCUGGUCCGGGUCCAGGGCAAAGACCUGCUCACCCCGGUCUCGCGCAUCCUCAUCGGCAACCCCGGCUGCACCUACAAGUACCUGAACACCAGGCUCUUCACCGUGCCCUGGCCCGUGAAGGGCUCUGCCGCAAACUACCACGAGGCGGAGAUCGCGGCUGCCUGCCAGACCUUCCUCAAGCUCAACGAGUACCUGCGCAUCGAGACCAUCCAGGCUUGGGAGGAGCUGGUGGCCAAGGACAGAGCGAAUAUCGACGUUGUGCCGGUGUGCAUCGGGCCGGAUUUCCCGCGGGUCGGCCUGGGCUCCUUCGACGGGCAAGACGAAGUGGACAUUAGGAACAGGUCUGCAUACAACGUGACUUUGCUGAACUUCAUGGAUCCGCAGAAAAUGCCCUACCUGAAAGAGGAGCCUUAUUUCGGCAUGGGGAAGAUGGCGGUGAGCUGGCACCAUGACGAGAACCUGGUGGACAGGUCGGCCGUGGCGGUGUACAGUUACAGCUGUGAAGGCCCUGAGGAGGAAAGUGAGGAGGACCCUCAGCUCGAAGGCCGGGACCCUGACACUUGGCACGUGGGCUUCAAGAUCUCCUGGGACAUCGAGACGCCAGGCUUGGCCAUCCCCCUUCGCCAAGGAGACUGCUACUUUAUGCUGGAUGAUCUCAAUGCCACCCACCAACACUGUGUUUUGGCUGGUUUACCACCUCGGUUCAGUUCCACCCACCGAGUGGCCGAGUGCUCGACAGGGACCUUGGACUAUAUCCUGCAGCGCUGCCACUUGGCUCUGCAGAACGUCCGUGACGGAGCAGGCAGCGGAGAUGUGUCUCUGAAGUCCCUGGAGCCUGCAGUUUUGAAACAAGGAGAAGAAAUCCACAAUGAGGUGGAGUUUGAGUGGCUGAGACAGUUCUGGUUCCAAGGCAAUCGCUACAGCAGGUGCACCGACUGGUGGAGUCAGCCCAUGGCCCAGCUGGAGGAGAUGUGGAGGAAGAUGGAAGGCGUGACAAAUGCGGUGCUUCGUGAAGUUCGAAGAGAGGGGGUCCCCACGGUACUCAGGAACGAGACCCUGACCGCCAUCCUGGGCUCGCUCAGCACACGUCAGAGCCUGCGGAGGGAGUGGCGCUCCAGAUGCCAGUCCCGCACAGCUCGGACCCUGCCCGAGGACCAGAAGCCCGAGUGCCGGCCGUACUGGGAGAAGGAUGAUCCCUCGAUGCCCCUGCCGUUCGACCUCACGGACGUCGUCUCGGAGCUCAGAGGCCUGCUUCUGGAAGCGAAGCCCGAGAAGGAGCACAGGGCUUAGGUGGAGGCCCAGAGGGACACUUCUGGCCCCUCUCCUCCAUCGCCGUGGUGGGCCUGGGCGAGGGGAGGCUGCCCCCGGCGUGCAGAAGCUGGGCUGGGGAAGGCAGCCCGUGAGCGUUAUUCCGACAGUGUCUGAGAGGGGCACGGGCUGUAAUCUGAUUUGGUAUCAAAUACAGUUUGUCCCCCUAUGUAUCCCCCAUUUGGAAUAAUUUUGAUCGUGAGCCAUUCAUUCCGCUCCCAAGGCCAAGGUCGAUGACAGGGGUGAACCCAGCCUGUGACAGCGCCUAACCUACUUUCUCCCUCCUUAAGCCUUUACAGAGACUCAAGAGCAAAUGGCCCUAACGUCAUCUGGGGGACACAGAACUCUGCCACAGCCACCCCAGUUUCUCACCAUGCCGCUUAGAGGUGAUGCACCCCAUGCGGCAGCCUCUGGCCACGUGUGGCUUCUUACAUUUAAGUUCAGCUUUAAUGGUUAUUAACAAUUCAGCCCCUCUCGGGCACUAGGUGCAUUUCCGGUGCCAGGCGGCCCUGUGUGGCCACUGGCUCCGUGAUGGAUGGCACAGGUACAGAACAGCUCCAUGGCCACGGGAAGUCCUCACGGGUGACACCCCGCCACAAACUUCAGAGCAGGGCACUCUCUGCCCCAGCUCCCUGUGGCUGCGGUCCUCCCAGGCAAAGUAAAUAAAAAAGAUGAACGUCUCCUUGAAGAGUAGCCUCCUUCCCUUCUCCAAGAAAGACCUGCACAGAAGCCCACGGUGGGCAUUCCGUACUCUGCACACCAGAACGGGGGCGUGCUGAACGUCAAAACACCAAGGGCAUCCUCCAUUUAGGAAGGUGCCCCGAUCUAAUGAAAGAGAUGUGGCCCCGCUGACACUGCUUUGUGGGUGCAGCCAGCACCUCAUUUUCCCCCCUCUAGUCCCCCGUUUGCAUAUAAUGACAGGUGGGACUGAGGUUUGAAGAACCCUGGUCCCCCCCGGGGUGACACCGGAGCAUCAGAGACGACACUAAGCAGAGGUUGAAACCUGGGCUCCAGGGCAAAAUCCCCCACUAGCUUUGUGACUUUUGGCGAGUUCCUGUGCCUCAGUUUCCUCAUCUGUAGAAUGGGGGUGCUGGAGGCACUGGCUCCCAAGGUGAAGACCCAGUGAAAUUGUCUAGCUACAGACUUACGUGAACAACUUCUGACAUGGAGUUAAAUAUCCAACAAAUAUGCAAAUGAUUAUCAGGACUCUGGCCCCAUGUGCACCCCUCCCUUCCCCAGUCCUUGCACCAGUUGGGUCUGGAGAUGCCAGGACAUGUCUCCUGCCCUCUGUGCCCCUAGAGACCGUGAGAACAGUGUGCCCCUCCCCCAGCCCGUGGCCUUCUCCCGUAACCGUUCUCUGCAGUGGGAAGGUGAAGAGCGUUUCCGCCCUUGGAGGCACGCGGAGGACCAAGCUCUGUCCUGUCACCAGAAUCUCACUGGUUCAAUUCGCUCACAGGGAGUUGACCACAGAAGGGUCCCUUCAUACUAAGCAGCCGGGCUUCGUCACCUGAGACUGGGCGUGUUCUCGAGCCUCCAUGUCCUCACCAGUGAAGGAGGUGAAGCCUUGCCUCGCAGGGUCCGUAGGUUAAAGGGCAUCUCGUAGGCGAGGAGCGCCUGGCCCAGAGAAGUCACUGCCUGGGGGCAAUCCAGCCUCGUGUUUUAUUUAGCUCCCACCCUGUUCGUUCUUUGUUACAUUUCGUAGGGGCCAAUAUGUGAAAAACUAGGAGAUGUCAUAUAAAAUAAAAAUGUGCGCUGAAUCUCUAGGGUUCAGGAGAUCUGGCAGCCCACCGCACGGCAAACAGCUCGUGUCUUCUCUCUCCUGGGUGGGGUGUGACUGCGUCAUGGCCCCAUGGCUCCUGGUGUCAUCUGUUGUAAACCUGGCCUGUCCCCGCUUCCUGUCAGCCCUCUCCACGCCUCAUUUAUGCCCCUGUAGUAGAAAUAAAUGAUGCUGUUUAGUGCUCACCCCAGUA